CAAGGACAAAGGGCAUGGAUCGUGCCCCGGCAGCAUAUGAGACUACAUAUGAAACUAGGUACGAAACAACAGACGUUUCAUCAGUCAUCAACGUUGGUUUCGUACGGAGUUUAAGUGGAAUAUUGAAGCUUUGUCAAAUUCUACUGAGUUGUAUUGUACUAAUUUGUGUCGCUGCUACUUCAUACUGGUCAAUACACUCGUCCGGUGGAUGGGUAAAUUUCGUUGCAGCUACCACUUUGAUAUGUGCAUCAGUUUUCUACAUAUUUUAUCUAUUCAAUCUUAUCAGGAAAUUGCCAGGUCCUUGGAUUAUAAUUACAUACCCGAUAAAUAAACUGUUCCUGAUUUAGAAGUUGAAAGUUUGAUUGUUAAACAUUACUACCUAAAAUGUGUUUUAGACUUCACUAUAUAUUUGACGGUGUGGGCCACUGAUAUUUUGUCUAUAACUUCAGAACUUACAACUUGUUUAGAUCACCAUUGGAAAUUUUUAACUUUGGUCCCUUGUUAGUGUCAAUUCUCAUCAGUUUAAAGCUGCUGUUUAUCGGUACUACAAUUACAUCCACCGGUUAACAUCGUAAACAUAUUGCCAGG